AUGGACUCUACCGCUGUAUGUGGAGUGAUCAACGAGGUCUCUCGCAGUAUCGCUUCUGUUCGGGAGUGCAUCAAGGACCUGCAUGAAAAGCAGAAUGGUACGGACCUUGAUACGAAGGACGGUAUAUCACUGCUCACAUUGAAGAACCAUGUCAUGGUGUCAUAUCUUCAAUCCUUGCUAUUGGUCUCGUCUCGCCGUGCCUUGGGACAUUCGCUCGUGGACAGACAACCUUCAUCUCAACCAUUCAGCGAUCCCGUCCGCUCUGCCAGAGGAUCCAAUGCUGGAGAUCUUGUUGACUCAAUGAUUGAAAACCGAGUUGUUUUAGAGAAAAUCAAAGUUCUAGAAACCAGAAUGAGAUAUCAAAUUGACAAGCUAGUCAAGCUUGCGGAACAGUCUCCUGACACUGCGGAAAGUGCUGCUGACGAUCCUUUGGCAUUCCGACCCAAUCCCCAGAACCUCGUACAAGUUGACGGGGACGGUGCUGGGAAUGACCGCAAUAAGGACCGUGAUCACUCAGAGGACGAAGAUAUCUACCGCCCACCUCGUCUUGCACCUACGCCUUACAUUGAGACCGCCAAAGAUAAAAGAGCUAAGCGUCUGCCUGCGCCAAGUGCACUCACGUCUCUCCUCGACAUCGAUCCCUCUCGGCCGCACAUGGAGACCACCUCUGGCCUGGGGACUACGCCUUCACUCACCUCCGCUCGUGCUCGCGAACUUAAUCGCAUCACCGAGUAUGAAGAAGAGAAUUUCACCCGUCUAAUGAUGAAAAAGAAAGACCACAUACGUCGGCUUCGUGACGAGGAAGACAUCGCUUUGGGUGGAAGUGCUAGUGUUGGUGGAAGUUCGGGCAAAACGCGUCGGCGUGGCGGUGGAUUCGAAGAUGAGUUCAACGACGUGCUGAAGAAUGUGGGCAAAUCUAGAGGAGCGUUUGACAGGGACGGCUACGAGCAACUGAGGGAGAGAGGGAAGAAGGGCGAUAUUCUGGAACGGAGUCGCUCGAAACCGAAGUCACGAAACUCCGGGACAGACGAGGUCGGAGAAGAGACUGGAGAUUCCGGGCGUAAGAGGAAACGCAGUAGGUUCGAGGCUGACAUGAAGUCAACGAAGAAAAAGCUCGCCAGAUCCCGCAAGUAG